UUGUAAAGAAUGCGCGGCAUGCCGUGCCAGCCUCAGCAAAGCAACAAUGUCGCAGCGAAUCCUCAACACCGCCAAGCCGACGCCAGCACCGACCCAGACCCAGCGCCACCACCCUUCGCCGCCGCAGCCGCCGCCUAAGCUCGGCCGCCGCGCCGCCUCCGCGGCGAUCGCCAUCGCGGCCGCGCCGGCGCUCCUGAGCGUCUCGCCGGCGUCGUCCAGGGCGCAGGAACCCGAACCCGAAGCCGUUGGCGUCGCCGGUGCCGCGGCGGCGGCGCCGUGCCUCGCGGAGCUGCCCGUCACCGCGACGGCUUUCCUGGACGUGUCCAUCGGCGGGGAGCCCGCGGGGCGCAUCACGGUGGGCCUAUUCGGCGACGCGGCCCCGGCGGGCGCGUCCCGGUUCCUGUCCCUCGUCACGGGGGUCGGGUACCGGCGCAAGGAGUUCGUCAAGAUCGUGCCUGGCUAUGUGCAGCACGGCGGCGUGGUGUCGUACCCGGCCGUCCCCGCGGUGACGGACCGGCUGGCGGCCGAGGCGGACUCCCUGCGCGCGCGGUGUCCGGGCGGCGCCGUGCACGGCGCGGCGGGCGCGGUGUCGAUCGUGGUGCGGGACCCGAGCCUGCCGCCCCCGAAGCCGAAGCUGGUGGCCAGGGGCGGGAAGCUGGAGGUGGAGGAGGAGCAGGUGGGCGUGGCACCCAACGGCACCGAGUUCGUGAUCACCACCGGGGCGGCGCCCGAGCUGGACGCGUCGGCGGUGCUGGUGGGCAGGGUGCUGGACGGCAUGGACGUCGUGGCCAAGAUCGCCGCCGUACCCACCGUCCGGGACAACGCCGCCUCGCCCUACUUCAGAGUGGCCAAGCUGAUCGGUGACAAGAGAGCAGUGGUUGCCGAGAGAGGAUUCAACCGUCCAUACACCAAGGUUGUCGUCUCCAACUGCGGCGUGCUAAGUAAAACGGAGUAGUAUGAGCAACAGAGCAAUCAACACUCUUUUUCAUUUUUAGCGCGAGAGUUCCUUCUCUUCGCUUCCCCUGUUCUUCCCAUCACAAGAAUUGAACGGAGAUUGACCGGACAGGACGCGAACAACCCAUUGCAGCGUCA